UACUAUUCUGGUCGUGAAUGGAUAUCACUGCCGCAUAGAAUCGUUUCCCUUACUAGUCUCACGUUUUGUACCGUCAAAACGGUGGAAUAAUAAAGAUUAAAUGCACUCUCAAGUUGUGUAAUAGCACUCUCAGAGGGACGCGUUUCACCAUGUCAGCCAACGCUCAGAAUUAUAACUUUGAUGAAUAUAACAAACCUGGUGCUGAGCGGUCACGCAGGAGGAGAGGUGAAGAUGACGAUCUAGAGAGUGAUUUGGAAGAGGAACUGUUGGGGGAGGAUUGGCUGUCAGUUAAAAAGAAUCCUUCAGAAGUGUCGGAUGAAGAGCUUAACGAUGACCUUCUACAAAGUGAUGAUGAAGAUGUAAAUAUGAGUGGUCAGAGUAUAAGCGUCAAUGCCACAUACAGCGUGGGCCCAUCCUAUGGCCAGCAGGACAACUUGCAUGGAGCAGUUGACACAGAUGACGUUGUGAACCUGGGUGCAGAGGGCUGUGGAGAAGAGGAUGUACAGGAGGAAGGGUACCAGCAUGAGGGGGAAGAAGCGUUCACACAAGACUACAGCCAAGACAACAACGCAGAGAUGCCUGAAGACCAAAUAGAUUACACUGGAGAGCAAGCUGGGGCUGACGAUUGCUACCAAGAUGAAGUGCUAGACAUUCAAAUCAAUGAGCCCAUAGAUGGUGAAUUUCAAGAUGAUGACUAUCCAACCUAUGAUGAUCGGCGUCUGGGUGCACAUGGAGUCCAAAAGCAGCAGGGAGGGGGAGAAGAGCAGCAGCAGGAAGAGGAAGACGCAGCCAAAGACUCUCGGGUCUUUGACACGGAUGAGGUUGAAAAUGAUGCCGGCCCUGAAGAAGAAAUGAAGGAGGAAUCGGACGAGGAGGACGAGGAAGAUGAAGAGUCUGGUCGUAUUCGGUUUAAAUCUGAGAGAAAGGAUGGUCAUGUUGUGCGGCUGGCUGAUGUAGGCAGCAACAGGAGGUGUAUACCUGAAACACUAGAACUGUCGGACAGGGCUAAGCAGGAUCUGAUGCAGUUUGAGGAACAGGAACGGCAAAAGAAACAAAACCGAUACGGAGGGCGAGGCGGAAUGCGAGGAGGAAUGCGAGGAGGCCGAGGAAGAGGAGGCUUCCCACCUUUUGGAAUGGAUUUUAGAGGGGAAAACCGAGGAAGAAUGAUUGACCACAGGAUCUCCCUGCUGGGAAACAUGGGCAUGCAGCAGCCAUCCUCCCGAAUGCCUCUUCCUCAUCAGCAGCAACUGCACUCCCAGCAGCACCACCCAUCACGUCCAAGAGGACCUCCUCCCUUCCAAGACCACGGGCGCCCGCUGGCCCAGCAGCCCCUUCAGCCCCUCAUCCCCCCGCACAUGGCACACCGCUCCCCACCGGUACGGCCCCAGAUGGAGCCGCCACCACGAAUGAUGAGCUCCCCGCCACCCAACUUCCCCCAGCACCACCUGCAGCAGCCUCCACAGUCCAAAAACAUCCACAUCAACCCUCAUUUCAGAGGGCCCACGUCAUCUUCUGUACAAGUGCCCUUGAUGCCUCCUGCUCAGAGCCAGCCCAGACCUGCUGUGGGUCCUCAGAGGUUCCCUGAACCGGGCGACUUCCAGCAGCACAUGACUGGUAAUUUUGGUCAACCCCAGCGGCCCCCUCAUCACAUGGAGCCCUAUAGGAACCAGCCACCUCAAGGCCCCCAAGACAGAGAGACACUCUUUAUGGGAGAGCGCACAGAGUCAACACGGUUUCCAGGGCAGCACAUGUUUGAUCACCAGGGCUCCAGCCCUCUGAUGAACAGCAGCCACAACCUCCACCAGCAGCAGCAGCAGCAGCAGCAGCCGCAGCCGCAGCAGCUGCAGCUGCCUGGCCAGGGCCACAUGGGCUUCGGCCCACCAGGACCAGCCUUCAACCAGCCAGGCCAGGGUCCGCUAGGAAUUUUUCCAAGAGAACCCCCAAGACCCAACAUCCCUCCUCACCAAGGUCAUCCAGGGAUGGUCGGGUUGAAUCAACAAGGUGGCCCCCCCAACCAGCCCAGACCCUUCAUGGGCCUUCGUCAGCCAUUUGGCCAGCAGGGGAACCUUUUCCCCCCUCCUCAAGUCCAGUUUGGGAUGCAGGUACGACUAAGAGGCUUGCUGCACGGCCCUUCGGUCUCCCAGCUUGGGCAUCACGACUCCUUGCCAUCCCAUCAGUCCAUGCAGCAGCAGCAGCAGCAGCAGCAGCAUAGGCAGGAGUUAUCACAUCAUCAGCAGCAACAUCUAAAUGUCAAUGAGCCUCGCUCCAUGAUGCACCACGGCCAGAAUCUUUUCCAUCAACAGCAGGCACAUGGUAGCCCGAGGCAGAUGACUCCCCGCCCUCAGAACCCCCAACAGCGCAACAUGUCCAACAGGCAGAGGAUGAACACGCCUAUCUCCAAGCAAAUGCAGCAGCGCAACAGCAACCUCCGGGAGCUCCCCGUAGCACCUGGCAACACAAACAUGAACAGUGCCCGCCCUGCCGCCAACAUUAGGCCUGUUGCCAAGGCAACACAGGGGAUGCAUCCUGGGCAGAACACUCAGCUGGUGCCUGACGGGGGAAGAGGAAGAGGCCAAGUUGCUGCCAGGUUUGAAGCACAGCCUGGAGGAAGCGGCAGGACGGUGGUUCGCAAGGAGAUCCCAUGCAUGCCGUCCAGCACGGCACCACUGGACCCCAAUGAGGACGAGGAGACGCGGCAGUACCGUCUGAAGAUUGAGGAGCAGAAGCGCCAGAGAGAAGAGAUCCUAAAGAGAAAGGAGAUGAGACGGCAGAUGCAGGCUGGCGUCAGAAAGAAGGAGCUGCUGGACAGGCUCAACGCUCAGACCCCGAGCCAGGGCCCGCCUCCUUCACAUAUGCAACCCUCUCAACAGAAUCCGCUAGCGUCACGUCCUCUACUCCAACAACCACCACCACAAUCACAGCAGCAGCAGCAACAACAACUACAGCAGCAGCAGCAACAACUACAACUACAGCUACAGCAACAACAACUACAACUACAGCAGCAGCAGCAGCAGCAGAGACAGUUGCCUCUGAGGACACAACAAUCAUUGAAUCCAUCAUUAAAGAGUCUCAAUCAAGCCACCCCCAUCCCUCCCAACGGCAGUCCUCACAUCCCUCCACCACGGCCCAAUGUCAAGGCACGCCUGCAGAUGGUAAAAGGUGGCACCCAGCAGCAGCAGUCCCCCGGACCUGUUCCAGACCAGCAAUGGAAACCGCCUCAACCAACAGCAUUCAAUCAUCAGCAGCUGCUGCUGCUGCAACAGCGAAGGAACAGCGCUGUGCAGAACGUGAACCGGCCUGCUGAUCAGAUCCAGGCUAGUCAGGUCCCCCCAAAGACUAUACCUGUACCUGCCUCUGUGGUACCUGGCCAGGCUCAGGCUCUAACUCAAGGACCUAAACCUGGGGCUAAAAGAACUGUGAUGCAGCGAGCCAAGAAUUCAUCUUUCGAAGGACAGCAGGUGCCGCAAAAAGUCAGAGUCGUCAAACUUUCAGGAGCGAGUGGAAACGGGUCAGCGGUGGCCGCGGAGCCAGUGCAGCAACAAGGCAGCUGGUCGGCAACCCCGGUCAACCAGGCCGUGCAGAGGAAGGUCACCAUGACGGGGCAGCAACAGGCACCGGGCGGGACGCCACAGGCAGGCCGAGGGGUCACGGGCAACCCACCGCAAAACAGGGUUGUCGUGUCGGGCCGGGGUAGAGGUGUCGCUCAGAUGGGACGAGGACGCCCGACGACUCCCGGACAAAGCCCAAAAGAAGCCGAGGGCGACCGCUGCACUGUGUCCAUCGAGGGCCUCUCUUCGUCCACAACCGACCUUCAGCUGAAGAAUCUUCUCAGGUCCAUCGGCCCCAUAGAGAUGUUCAAAAUGAUGCCGCAGCAGAGGAAAGCAAUGGCCACAUUUUCCAGUCCCCAGCAUGCAGAAAGUUUUCAAAUGAGCUUCAAUAGGCACAUGAUUGAUUUGUCCCACAUUGAUGUGUCGCUGACUGAUGGAUGAGGAGCGCAAUAGAGCCAGAGAGUCCUGUCACAAGGAGUCCCCUCCUCCCGACGCCGGAGCCUCUCAUGCACCGCUCCAGCUCGGCAUAGGAAUACUUCUUCGGCCCUUUCGGGGCCUCACGCCGUCGACGUGUCUGCACAGAAGCAUCAUUCAUCUCCUCUCGACCUGGAACAGUGAACUUAAAGACCUGAGUUGCGAGCAUGCCUUUGUUUUGACUUUGUGUACCCGACUGUCCAUUGUUGUCAAACGGCACUGGAGAGACACCGGACAGUUAAUCCUAUUUUAACGAAGUUUGUGAAGAAUGCCCUGCGCAUCUUCCGAGGACACUUAAGUAGAACUCAACAUGGGAUAAUGGUUGCUCCCCAUCUCCGUUAGAUUCAUCAUUAAAAAAUAGACUAACACUUAAACUUUAUAAUAGUGACAUGACCACUUCGUCUGAGUUUUUUUUAUUUAUCCGCGGCCUGCUGUUUGUGCAGAUGUUGGUGGCCGACUGCGUGGCCGGCCGAGUCCCAGAGCAGUGUCUGGCCCCUGCUGUAGAUGGCAGUAUUUCAUCACUAAUGGUGCUCAAUUUGUGUUCAUCUCAAGCCCGCGUUAAGGUGGCGAUGAGUCUCCAAGCAGUUUCUGGGUGAAUGGCGCCAUCUAGUGGAGAGCCGGUGUACAGGCACGCAGGUGGUUGGCAUUGAAUAUUUUAUCACAUAGUAGUGACGGGGACCAGAUUGGCUUUGGACGUUAAAUAAAUAGCAAUUUAUAUAAUUUGUUUUCUAAAUUACCAACGAUUUUACGAAUUGUAAAUGUUGUGACUCUUGUGUAUAUAUUUUGUGGUGCUUUUCCGUUUCAGUGCCGCUUCUGGGACCGAUUGUUCAGAUCCUCUCGCUCAGGUUGGUUAGUUUGGUCGUUUGACGUUGCUCAUGUUCUAAAAGUUUAGAUCUUUUAACCGUUACCUGGAGUCCAAUUUGGAAUUACCGUUCACGCAUUUCAGAUGUGUAUUUUAGUUUGUAUUGAUCAUGGAUGAGUUAGAUUUAGGAUUGUGAUCUGUGCUGAUCGUGCGUUGAUGAAGUGUGCAUGUGCGAUUUCUUUUGCCGAUUUUUUUUUUUAGAAUUACAAAUUUACAUGUACAUUGUUCGGCAUUCGGCGUUCAUGCGGUGCGCCGGAGAGUAGCUGACGAUUCCCCCCCGAUACAUUUCUGUGACUGCUUCCUCCGUUCUGUUAUAAUUGAUCCAAAUCUGCGCGACUAUCAGUUGAUAAUUGGUGCCUCUCACUGAGCUGCAUGGCGUGUGAGCGGUUUGGCAGAGUAGUUCACCAUUUUACCUUUCCCUGUAAAUUGAAUCUCCCUCUCUUUAUACAGAGACAUCAGACUGAAGGCGAACCCCGACGUAAAGAACCGUUUUCUCUGAGCAUGAGCCCUUGUACGGGCAGAGCUACGACGUCCCUGAAACCCUUGAAUUAUCUAAAUAUUUAAUUUCCUUGUCCGGCUCUGUUCGAUUUCAUGAGACGUCAUUAUUAGACUGGAUAUAGCAACUACGGCUCAUUUACUUGUUCCAUGAUAUUUUUCCUUUUUCUUCAUUGCACGAUUGUUUUUGUCUAUUCUGGGUUUAAAGUUUGUUAAACAAAAAAAAAACCUUUUAAUUAUUUUGAAAUUGUUGCCCGUGUUUGCGAAUAAGUUAAGCUCAGAGCCGAACGUCGUAUAAUUUGAAGAAGGACGCCGAGGGGGCAACCAUUAUCUUGGUAGUGAUAGUGUACAUAAGUAGACCAGAACUUUCUCUCAGUGUUCAUCCUGUUCAUAUUUUUUUUUAAGUUACUCUUGACUUCCGUUGUAUCGCGUUAAACAUUUUAUAUGUAAGGAUCUACUGAUGUGUCCAGGCAUAAAUCCUUUUACUAGUGUUUUGUUUCUAAUUUGGAUCCAAAAUGACUGGACCACAUUUCUGUUUAUAAGACAUUUGACAACAAGUGUAAGGGAAAAUAAAAACAUGGCCAAUAUACCGUGAAGAUGCAGGUAUGUGAAGCCGGUUCAACUUUAGCCCAAAGAUGUGUGGUUGUGUGUGAUGUCCGUCUUUCUGGUGCCUAUACAAUGAAUAAUCUUUCUUAUUUGUGCUGCAUUUGUACUCAUUUUUAUAUUACGGAUUCUGUAAGGUCCUGGGUACAUAUCUCAUCUACUUUAAACACCUUUUUAAGCACCUUGAAUGGCAAGAAAUACUACCGUAUAUAGAUUUAGGGGGAUGCCACUGAAAUUUGGCAUUCGGAUUCUUUUCUUCAUAUCCAGAAAUGCAAGAAUUCUUGUCCUGCCCAUUUAACUGUGAUGUCAUACUCAUGUUCAGCUCCCGACAGCCCUUUCGGAGGUAAAGCAAUAGGAAGAUACAUUCAGCCACAUAUUAACCUUUCACUGGAUUUGACUAAUGCAAAGAUAAUGUGUAACAUUAAGACGAUCCUACUUUGAUUCGGUUAGUGAAUCGACGCCUGGCUUCUGCAUCUGGAUGACAUCACAGAUGAAGCUCUCGUCUUCAGAAAGAGUUGUUCUUGUUCACGAGUACCUCGUGGUCUCUGAUCUCGACUGCACGUGUGAAUCAAAUAUACACAUUUAGUGGCAUUUCCCUUUUUUAAAAUAGGUAUAAUUUGAAAAAAGUGAAAAUCCUCGAGGUUUACAAAGCAGCUGCACGUGCGUAGGUCACUAGAUCCUCAGCCAGCGUGAGGUGUUGGGACCAUUGGGCCGCCUCAGGCCCGACACUCCUGAGAACCCUUCUUUCCUCGUGUAAGACCUGAGGUUUCAUGGGUUUCUUUUGUUGUAUGUUGUGCAUUUGUUCUAAACUGUCUUCUUUCUGUUUUGUUCCUUUUUGUUUUGAGUUGAAAUGAUGUGGAGGUUUUUGUUCCCUAACCAUUUGUAUUUAAUGUCUUUCAUGUUGUGGGUUACGUGAUGUUAGUGUUGUAGUAAAUCCUGUGGAUUUGAAAAAGUACCGGCCGUGCCAGUGUUAGUUAUCUUGCUACAAGACGGCUGUUCUUGUACCGACAGAGCAGAUUCAUAUUGAAUCUUUUCGUACCUUAAUUUUAAGAAUUUAGGACAUAUAAUGUACCUUGAACUUUUAGACGUGACGUUUUAUUUCUUCUCGUAAAUUCCUUGAGGAAAGUGGUGCUCUACUACGUCCUGGUUUACAGCAGGCUAUUUAACUUGUUUUUCCAAUCACAUCAGCUCAUGUGGUUGCAGUAAAGUAUUUAAUAUUUGAUUCAGAAUCGACCCAUCCUGGACGUAUCCAUGGGUCUUUCUUAUGGUUGCAUAAGCCUUUAAUGUGGCUGCUAGUAUCCGAGUGUUGCGCAACGUGCCUGGUUGGGUUUUCCAUAACGCCGACCUCCUCCAACAGGUCCGUUUGGUGAGGAGCAGCUGAAGUAACGUCCUCCUUUUCUCUCCUCAGAUCCAUCCGCAAAAGCAAAGUUAAAGGACCCCACCGAAGGUUUAGCAGGGUCACGCAAAUUGGGUUAUGAAUGGGUUAGGACUCACGACUGACUGCGGUAUAAAUUAUAACGACACCUUUUCCCAUCUUAAAGGCCGCUGUUGGUUUUGGUUCGCUGUACGAAAACUGGAAAUCCAUGACAUUCAGCUAUUGGUCAAAGUGAUGUUGUUUUUGCAUAAUACGGCAUUUUAUGUAAUUGGUUCCUUGUUGAGGUGCGAUUGCAUCGCGCCGUCCCUCUAACUCUAGUGUAAUUCUAGGUUAAACCCAGCAGGUCAUUUGAAACCACCUGAUCCCAUUUUGAAGAAUGAUUUCUUCUCUGUGCUGCUGGUACAAACAAAUAUGUGUUUGCUGCGUGUUGAAUAGAACAAAUUCAAACUGCUUUCAAUUAGUGUUUUUUAAUGAAGUUGCCCUCAACAACCAAGAAGCAGCCGUACGUGUCCACCUUUUGUCUUUGUUCGGUUUCGUAUUAGUCAACCCGCGUUUAUUUAGUCGACGAUACGCCAGAUGGAUAUUUGUCUGAACCAGCAGACGUCCGCUUUAAAUGUUUUCAAAUUACCCUUUUUCCUCUUUUAAAAUGUGGUUUUAAUUCAUCUUUUGGUAAAACGGUUACUUCCACGUGUGACACGAAUGGGACCAUUGAUGCCAACGAAAGUGUGAGAAGAGAAGUGUUGAUCACACGAGGGGUCCGAGCGGGUCGAGCGAGCCCCCCCCCCCCCCGUUGGUUUGGUCCUCUCGUACUAACACGUUGUUUCUCUCCAGCGCUCGGCCCCGAGGAGCCGGCGGGCCGCUCCGGCCGCCGUGUCACCGUUUCCUGCCUUAACCCGCUCACUUCACACUUCAGGUUCCCUCGCAGGGUUGGGCCCGGGACGGAGGAUUUGUCUCGCGCUUACUUCCCUCCCUUAAUAGAUGCCGGGCCACACAUCCUUCCAUUACUGCUUUUCCCGCCAUCGCUCUCCUUCCAGCCUGCGUGUAAUUUGACAGUCGCUGGUCUUUUCCCCGCGAUGCAGCCGUUGUUGAAUGAACUUGAGGCUUCUGUGUGGAGCAGGGGGCCCCGCCUGGAUUACCAGUGCGUGUCCGUCUGCGUGACGACAGCCGGGUUCACAGAGCAGACGCUCUCCAGCCGCUUUGCGGCUUUCACUUCACCAAAAGCUCGUCCCGGCGUCUUGACAUGCGAUGUUUGGUUGGAUUUUUUGAGAACAAAAAGACGCUGCGGUGGUUUCCUCACCUCGAACAGUUACGGCGCACCGAAUAACGACGAUACCGAUAACCGACGAUCCACCCGAUCGAAUUGUGACCGACGCGGUUGACGGUCCAUGCUGUCAUGUGUGUUCUCAGUUUGCUGUAAAACAAGAAGUCAUGUUUUGUGUUGGAAGACUCUUGAGUCCUUUCAGUCAUGUUCUCAUACUGUCAAGAAUGUAAUGGAAAGAAGAAAAAGACAAACAAGUGAAUCAUUCUUUCAGAGGUGAAAUGUGUUACGUUUGAUAUGAGAAACUGAAGAAAAAUAAAUGUUUUGAUAUACACAGCAA